AUGGAGCCUCCAAUUACACCACUCAACGACAUUGCCAAACCCCUUUCAGACUUCCAAAAGAUAGGACAUAACACGUAUCUCUGGACAUCGCAGUCUUACCUCGCUACAUCGCCCAGCAAAACCCCUCUCAUCCUACUGUUUGCCUGGAACGCCGCAGCCGCCAAACACAUCGCCAAAUACACAAUCUCAUACCAAAGGCUAUUCGCUACAUCUCGCAUUGUACUUGUUCGAUGUUUUACUCCAGAUAUGUUCCGCCAAAAAUCCUCAUAUGAGCAAUUACUCAAGCCUGCCAUGGACCUCGUAGCCGAGCACACGAAUGCUGGCGGGGAAGUGCUGGUGCAUAGUUUCUCGAACGGCGGGGGAAAUCAAGUCAACGAGUUUGCCAAAGCGUGGAAAGCCAGGUUUGGAACGUUGCUACCGAUGAGAGCGCAGAUAUUAGAUUCCAGUCCAACGAAAGGGCCGUGGAUGAGAAGUCAUGCCGCAAUUUCUGCGUCUUUACCCAGGACACUGUUUUGGGUGUGGUUUGGGGGCGCAUUGGUGCAUCUAUUUCUCGUCAGCACGUUUGUUGUGAACGUAGUAAUGCGCCGGCCGAACAAGAUGGUAGCGCUAUGCGAGGAGUUGAAUGACGAUAGGGUGUUCGACUCGAGCGUGCCAAGAGUGUAUUUGUAUAGUCGGGCGGAUACGAUGGUUGGAUUCGAAGAAGCUGACGAGCACGCUAAUAUUGCGAGAGCAAAAGGCUGGGAUGUCACAAAGGUACACUUCGAGAAAAGCGCCCAUUGUGGGCAUGUAAGAGAGGACGAAGCCAAGUAUUGGACGGCGGUUAUGGAGGCGUGGAAAACGGGGCCAAGAAGGACCUAG